CUUGAGUAUAAAAGGGCUCAUGUGGAAGCCGAUCUCUUUUGCUUCCCCUCUUUUCGUUUCUUCAAGUUUGAAUCUCAAAUUCUCUGAUCUUUACCAACGCUCCCAAGUACAAAGCCUCUUUGUCCAAGUAACAAUCCAACCAACCGGUAAAAAUGCCCCAGGCUAGGCCAUGAGUUGCCGGCUUUCGGUGGUGCACUAUCCAAUCAUGUCUCCUUCAGGUACUGUUUCUUUGCAUGAGCCGGUGCCCUAGCUCUUGACCAGCAGUCUUGUAGUUCCAGUGUCUUAGCAAUGCUAAGUUCGCAGGGACAGUUGAGGCUGUUGCGAUGGAGCUUGUGGCUGAGAAUAUACGGCCCUGAACUUGAUCUGGAUAAUACCAGCGAAAGGAUCAUGCCUUCCUCCAUCCCCCCCUUCCCCCACAUGCAUUCUAACUAUAGCAGUUUCAACAUGAGCCCACCAUCUGCCAUCUCCCCCAUCCAGCGUGCUGCUGAUAUUGCUGCGAGCAUCAAGCUCGCCAACGCGCAAAACAAUGUCGCUGUGCCUCCCAAGGACGGUUCCGAAGUGACUGUUGACGACAUGGAGGGCAAGUGGAACGACUUCCGCUUCGCUCCCAUCCGUGAGAGCCAGGUCUCGCGUGCCAUGACCCGCCGCUACUUCCAGGAUCUUGACCAGUACGCCGAGUCUGACAUUGUCAUCAUCGGUGCGGGCUCUUGCGGAUUGUCCACUGCCUACAUCCUAGGCAAGAGAAGACCCGAUCUCAAGAUUGCCAUCAUUGAGGCCUCUGUCUCCCCUGGUGGCGGUGCUUGGCUCGGUGGUCAGCUCUUCUCUGCCAUGAUUAUGCGCAAGCCUGCCGAUGCUUUCCUCCGCGAGAUUGGCGUUCCCUACGAGGAUGAGGGCAACUACGUCGUUGUCAAGCACGCUGCUCUCUUCACCUCGACCAUCAUGUCCAAGGUGUUGCAGCUGCCCAACGUCAAGCUCUUCAACGCCACCUGUGUUGAGGACCUCAUCACUCGCCCUGGCCUCGAUGGCGAGGGUGUUCGCAUUGCUGGUGUUGUCACCAACUGGACUCUGGUGUCUAUGCACCACGACGAUCAGUCCUGCAUGGACCCCAACACCAUCAACUGCCCUCUUAUUGUUUCGACUACCGGUCACGAUGGUCCUAUGGGUGCCUUCUGUGUCAAGCGUCUCGUUAGCAUGCAGAGAAUUGAGAAGCUUGGUGGCAUGCGUGGCCUCGACAUGAACACUGCUGAGGACGCCAUUGUCAAAGGCACCCGUGAGAUCGUCCCCGGCUUGAUUGUCGGCGGCAUGGAGCUUUCUGAGGUUGACGGAGCCAACCGUAUGGGCCCUACAUUCGGAGCCAUGGUUCUCAGCGGUGUCAAGGCUGCUGAAGAGGCUCUCAAGGUUUUUGACCAGCGCAAGAAGGAGAACAUGGCCUAAUUUAUUUAUUAUGCUGUAGCCAUCCGUAAAAUGAUGGAACUUUCUUGAAUAUGAAUGAAUAUGUUGCUGUC